CAUCAACUCACGGCAAACAAACAAAACAAUUCGCACACUAUACACAACGAGAAUCAAACCAAAUUCCCGAAUACUGAGCCAGAAAUCUAUAAACAAGAACAAAUAUCAGUCCUUAUAGGGCUUACUGCCCGAGCUCGAACUCAACAUGAGCUCUAUCCCAGCUCCUCGAAUUCGUCGCACGGCGCAAAACACACAAUUCACAUAUAACCUUUCGCGACGGGUGAACGAUGUUCAAACCUAUCCGGUUUACUCCCCACAAGGAGCGACCAUCCUGAUACACGGUCACGAGAACGGUGUGACGAUCGCAUGGCGAGGAGGCAAGCGAUUCAAGGCUGCGAAGAAGGCCCCGCCUCAAUCCGAAAAGCAGAAUGGAAACACAGACGACUCCAUUAUGAUCAUCGAUUCGGAUGACGACGAACCACCAGCCAAGUCCAAGACAGCAUCGCACUACGAAGACAAACCGCAGUUCGAAGACGAGAUUGAGGAUACUCCCUUCCCGGAGAUCGUCCAGACACUGGACCUGGCGCUUGGAACAGCGGUCUUGAAAAUUGCGGUCAUGCCUAUGACCCCAACAUCGGCAGAUGAUGCUACCUGGGGAGGUGCCAAAGUCCUAACUGAAAAGAUGGUAUUUGCUGUGUCUUGCGUAACCAACGACAUCUACGUCAUUACACUUCCUCUUACCCCCCCGUCACCAGAGAGUAAGGCAAGAGCAGAGCUCAGGAGCGAUCUGCUGGCAGGCGAGGCUGGAUCUGGAGUUUGGGGAGAGUCGCUCAUCCUGCUUGGUGGCCAGAACAGACACAGCGAGGGCAUUGCCAUUAACCUCAUCAUGCCCAGUGUCACAGAGCGGCCUGGUACAAAACCCAGGGCAGUUGUUGCCUCGCACUGCAGAGAGGCUUCCGGUGUACUUCGGUUAUGGAAUGUACCGCUAGAUGCUAGUGAUAAACCUGCCAGUCCUGUCGAGUCUUUCCAGACCGAGUAUUUGCCCAACCCUCUAACAAGCAUAUCUUUCAACUCUACGCACACGACACAGCUGCUUGCUGUCUCGGCCUUCCAGGGCGUUCGGAUCUACGACUUUGCGCGACCCUCUUUCAUCGCCACAGAUGCCACAGAUGCCACUGGGCCUUUCCCUCUCCAGGGCUCGUGGCUUCUCUCCAUGUACCAGCCCUUUUCUCGCCCUUCAUCAACAAGGAAACCAAUAAUCGACGCUGCCUGGGUAGCACACGGCCGCGCCAUCCUAGUCCUCCUCGCCGAUGGCAUGUGGGGUAUCUGGGACGUUGAUGGUGCCAGCCCUACUGCACCAGGCGCUAUUAUCUCAAAUAAAUUGCAACCUGGGGUCAAGGGAGCCGCCUUGACGACCUUCAGCGUUUCUGGCUACGUCGAGGGGACAAGCUCACUUAGGAGUGUGACAACCCAGAACAAGGAGCACAGCACUGGAGACUUCGCCCCUAUGACACCUCACACUCGACGACAGGCUACUGCAUCCCUGAGCUCUGCUAUCACACUUGACCGCCUGGCUACUAUCCGAGGUGGCAUCAAAGUGUUGUCUCUGCCAUCAAGUGGUAGCGCCAUUCAAGAUGAGACCGUGGUUUUGUGGGUUGGUGGCCUCGAGCAUGUGUGCGUCAUCCCUGGAGUCAUGCGCUUCUGGGAUUCUCAACUCCGAAGGGCUGCUGGAACAGGCGGAGAUAUUUUCAGCGGAGCCCAACCGGUAAAGAUGAUCAAGCUCAUGGAUUUGGCAACUGGCCUGCUGGGCGAGAGAUGUUGCGGAGUUGGCCUGCUGAUUGAGCCUGAUCACAGUAUUAUCGCACAAGAUGGCGGCCUCCCUGCCGAUGUUAUUGUUCUCGGCGAGUCCAGGAUUGUUGUUGUUCGCGAAGGAGACGACGGACCCGGCAAGAUUGUGGGUGCCGCGGCAAACUCACGAAAACGACGCCUGUUUUCGAAAGGAGACAAGUCAGACGCUAUCAUUGUGCACGGCAGGGAAAACCGACCAGCCAAGUCUUUGUUCAACCUGAGCACUGUCAAGCCGGGUACUUUACGACUUAGAUCUGCGUCUGGAAAUUUCGAUGAAGACGCAGACACCACCCUGCAGCCACCGCGCCGAACGGUCGGCUUUGACUUUAUGGACACACUUGAAGCAGCAGCAGACGAUACGCAAGACUUUACGAGACGGAACGUGGAGUUUGAGAUGCUGGAUAUCAUGGAGAUUGACAAGACGCUUGACAGCAUGAAUGGCCAAAGAAGGACAUGAGAUGGCCUUAUGGGUGUAAAAUUGAGAUUGAGGAACUGACUGUUGUGAGUAGAUGUCGAGAACGAUAUAAUGAAGAUGCCGGGGAUGAUUUGUACGAUACCCCCACGACAUACGAAGUGCCCCUUCGCUCAUUCCUCAUUCCUCAUGACACAAGCUUGACAUGCUGUGAUCUUGUGAAGCAAGAUCUUUUUCUACGUGACAUGUUCCGCACGGCCAGGUGGAGCGCAAGGAGAGACCCAUCCUUGACUGCUCUGUAUUCCGAGCGGUAUAUUAAGAGAAAGUGCUUAUGUGCUUGGUCGACGUUUCAGAGGAGGGUUGGAAGAGGUUCAGUGCCUCGAGCACUAUUCCAGCUUUCAGGAUACAUCCUGUUAUCUGCUGACUGAUGGGUUCUUCCAAGUACCUGAGGCUUGCCUUGGGGACAGUGUAGAACUUUUGAGGACAGUGGGGGGUGCAGGAACCUAAGCUGGAGACUUGAACGUCGAUACAUUUGUCUCUGCCCCGGAUCCAUGUAUUAUGUAUUGUGACAUACCUUAGGAGUAGCCUCAAGUAAGGUAGUAUGAGGUUUGUAGGAUAGAGAGUGAGUUUACUUUGUAGGGCUGUAGUUAUGGACACCCAGAGACUAUAUUGAAUUGAUUAGAAAC